UUGAGAUACUCUUAACAUCCAAACGGAGCUCUAACCCUGAGGAAACUUUGACAUGGCCACGGUGAUUUAGGAUAACCCUAUGCAAGGAUAAAUAUUUGGGUGUUAUGUUCAACUCUUGAGUUUUAUUCCCUGAUCAGUUAUCCUGAAAAAUAAUAUCUAGAGGUGGGGCUUAAUACCCUCUCUUCUCUCUAUAGUUCAUGCAGAAUUUGUGCAUGGUUUAGGGGAAAGCAGUUCAUGUAUAUUUUGGUUCCACCAACAAGAUCAGUCGUAUUUAACCAUUGGAUAUUUAUAUAAUAUAUAAAUCAUAGAGUUAAAAAAAAUUUCUUUAAAUAUUUUUCAUCCAUCCAAUGGGUUACUUAAGACAUAUCCUUUCUGGUAUUUGUCAAUGAAAAUGUAACAGCAUAUGCACAUUGAUGGAAGGUGCUCUUUAACUCAGCUUCAUCACAGAUUACGUGCAGGAUCAACUAAAUGUGAGCAACACGGAGGUGAACUGCCUGAUAGAGCAUGUACAUUGAAGAUUUACAUGACAAAGUUGACAGGUCAAGGGAGGAGCUAAAGAGGUCUGAUUCAGAGCGCUUGCUCUUGCUGCAGGAACUAAAUAGAAAAGAAGCAGAGUUACAAAAUUCAGCUUUGUGCAUAGAGGAAUUAGAGGAAUCCAUCGCAGCCAUGGCAUUAGAGUCUCAAUGUGAAAUAGAAAGCAUGAAACUUGAUAUCAUGGCCUUGGAACAGAGCUGCUUUGAGGCUAAUAAAAUCCAGGAGGAAACUACUGAAGAAAGAGCUAGGAUGAAUGGGAUGAUUCAAGAGCUUGAGGCUCAGUUUCAGGAUGCACAGAAAAUUAUUGAAUCUCUGGAUGACGAAAAUAAGGAACUGAAAGAGAAGCUUGAUAUGUCUGAAAAGAAUGCUAGACUAUUUUGUCAAGGGAUUGAAGAAUGGCUGCAAAACAAGGACAGAUCCCAUCAGAAGUGUCAGACCUGCUUGAGCAAGCCAGAGGAUAAGCUUAGUAUAUUAAAAGAAUUCGGGUACAUUACACUGUAUAAUUAUGCAUUAAUUUGUGUGUGAUUUAUGUCCAGAAACAUUGUAAUGUGUUAAAGGGAAGAAGCUCUUUUUUCCAGUCCACUUUUUAGACCGCCACAUGGACUUUUGCUACCCAUCUAUCAAUAGUCUCUAGCCAUAAAUUCUUGUUCACUGUUAUCUAUCUGAUUCCUUCUCUUCACUUAUCAAGACAUCAUAUUUUGUAGCAUUAGAAUAAUAAUUAGUUACAUGACUUGAUUGUAUCCGGUAAUGGUUUCUAGGAAGAAUUGAGAGAGGAAAAGUUGAAAGCAAAAGAAGAAGCAGAGGACCUGGCACAAGAAAUGGCCGAGCUAAGGUACCGAAUUACAGGUUUGCUUGAAGAAGAGUGCAAGCGUUGUGCUUACAUUGAACAGGCAUCUUUACAGAGAGUUUCUGAGUUAGAGGCACAGGUCCAAAAAGAAAAGAGGAAAUCAUUUGCUGCUGUCGGGCAUCUCCAUGAAGCAUAGAGAUUGUGUUAUCAAAAGGAUUGAGGAUUUGUGUGUGGAAGAAGUUAUUCAGGUGUGUUUUUUCACUCUAA